AUGGGGCACUCCAGCACAGACGCGAUCGAAGCGAGACCACACGGCCAGCUUGUGAGCAGGAUUGUACUUGACCCUCCGGAUCUAGAUGCCUGGCGUGAGAGGCUAUUCAAUGUGGACGAUACAAUCAUCUUGACCAACGAGCAAUUCGAGACCUACUUCCCCCAUAUAGACAACGUGUACUCCCACCGGUCAACCCAGCGGUACAAACGCAAGCCAUUCAUCUCACACUAUUGGGACUGCCGCAUGAAAGGUCGGCCGCCGGGAACUCCAAAAUCCGACGACCCCGCCAAGAAGAAACGAAAGCGGAACGCGCGCGAGCGAGACUUGUGUGAUGUCAAGAUCAAGAUCACCGAGUACUUCCCUGGUGCCACGAUUCAGUCGGACCACGACGAGCAGCACACUUUUGUCGCAGAUGGCCUUGCCGGUGGUCAACCAGGCAUGGACGGCGAGAAGUUCUGGACGAUACAGCGGGUGAAUGGAAACGGCGGAAAUGGCAAGGGCGACGGGGUUGCUGGUCCUCACAAGCAUUCGCUCGACAAGAGCGACCAGAUCAAAAAGUCGACAGUGCAGCGGUAUCUGACGACCCAGGAAAAGGAAGCCAGGAAGGCGCAGAAGCCGUUUCAGCGAAGGCCCUCCGGGCAGGCCGUGCAGACGAUCAAGAAACACAACAAGGAGCACGAUCUGAAGCUCUACGCAGCCUGCUUCUGUCCCUUUUCACAAAGAGUGUGGAUAGCAUUGGAAGCCAAGGGCAUGGCCUAUCAGUAUUGCGAGACGGAUCCGUACAGGAAGCCCACGCAAUUGCUCGAGGCCAACCCUCGGGGUCUGGUGCCUGCGAUCCGUGAAGGAGACUGGGCCAGCGGCGAGAGCUCUGUGAUUCUGGAAUAUCUUGAAGACAGGCACAGCGGAGUGCCCCUCCUCCCGACGGAUGCCAGGCUGAAAGCCAACUGCCGGCUCUGGAUCGAUCAUAUCAAUGUCAAGAUUGUGCCCGGCUUCUACGCUCUGGCUCGAGCGUACGACUCCACGAAGCAGUUUGAACGCACCGAGCGGCUCCAGGCAGAGAUCACUGCGCUUGUUCAAGCUGCGGACGAGAGGGGGCCCUACUUUCUGGGGACUGACAUGUGCCUUGUCGACAUACACUUCGCGCCGUUUGCAAUCCGCCUGUCGCGGCUAUUCCGCGACCGGACGAUGUGGCUUGAUCCCAUGCCAGGCACAAGGUGGCACCAGUGGGCUAAUGCUCUCGAGCACAACCCACACGUCCAAGCCACUUUAAGCAACAACGAGCUCUACACGGAGACAUUUGACCUGUACACGAUGCCCGGUCCUCAGCACUCUGACCAGCUUCUCGAUUUAUGA